AUGGCGUCCGUUCCCAAGACCAUGAAAGCUCUCCAAUACUCGAAGCCAAAGGAAUUCGAAAUCGUCGAGAUUCCUGUGCCCACUCUUCGCGACAAUGAUGUCUUGAUCAAAGUCAAGGCUUGUGGUGUUUGCGGAACUGAUUUGCACAUUCACGAGGGUGAAUUUCUUGCCAAGUUCCCUCUCGUUCCUGGUCAUGAAACUGUUGGUGUUGUCGCUGCUGUUGGACCCAAGGUCAAGGGUUUCGAACUCGGAGACCGUGUCGUUGCCGACAACUCAGAGCUCUGCGGUGAAUGUUUCUAUUGCCGCCGUGGUGAGGAAUUGCUCUGCGAGCACUUUGAAGCUCAUGGUGUCACCAUGAACGGCGGUUUCGCCGAAUACUGCGCAUAUCCUGCCGGCCGUGUCUUCAAGAUCAAGAACCUCAGCGACGUUGAUGCCACCCUCCUCGAGCCUGCUUCGUGCGCCGCACACGGACUGGACAAGAUUGCUCCCAAGAUGGGCUCCUCUGUUCUCAUGUUUGGUGCCGGUCCCACCGGUCUUGUUCUCUCUCAGAUGUUGCGCCAGAACGGUGGUUGCCACGUUGUUGUUGCUGCUCCCGAAGGUUUGAAGAUGGAGUUGGCUAAGCAGCUUGGUGCUGGUGACGAAUACAUUUCUCUCUCGCGUUCCAACCCGGAAGUGCAGUUCGAGAAACUAAAGAGCGAGAACCCUUACGGAUUCGACAUUGUUGUCGAGGCCACCGGUAGCGUCAAAAUUCUCGAAGACUCUAUCAACUACGUCCGUCGUGGCGGUAAGCUCGUCGUGUACGGCGUGUAUGCCAGCAAGGAUCGCGUCAGCUGGCCUCCUAGCAAGAUCUUUGGUGACGAAAUCACUAUUCUAGGAUCCUUCUCCGAAACCUACAAGUUCCCUGCUGCCAUUGACUAUCUUGACCGAGGCAAGGUUAAGGUUGGCGGCAUUGUCAACAAGACCUUCAAGCUCGAGCAGUGGGCCGAGUGCUUGGAGGCCAUGCGUAACAAGAGCGCCAUCAAGGCUGCUAUCACUUUUGACUAG